CCAGCUGCUUUUGAGUCCCGACUGGAGAAGCGCAGUGAGUUUCGGAAGCAGCCAGUGGGGCACUCCAGGCAAGGUGACUUUAUCAAAUGUGUGGAACAGAAGACACUUUGGGGAAGCAGCCUAUGAGCAGAGGAUUCACUAAGGACAAGACUCUCAGUUCAAUCUUUAACAUUGAGAUGGUGAAAGACAAAACUGCAGAAGAAAUAAAGCAGAUUUGGCAGCAGUAUUUUGCAGCAAAAGAUACAGUCUACGCAGUUAUUCCUGAAGAGAAGUUUGAUUUGAUCUGGAGCCGGGCUCAAUCCUGUCCAACAUUUCUGUGUGCACUACCAAGAAGGGAAGGCUAUGAGUUCUUUGUAGGACAAUGGUCAGGCACUGAACUCCACUUCACUGCACUUAUAAAUAUUCAGACCCGAGGGGAAGCUGCGGCCAGCCAGCUGAUUUUAUAUCACUACCCUGAACUUAAGGCAGAAAAGGGCAUAGUACUGAUGACAGCAGAAAUGGAUUCUACAUUUCUGAAUGUUGCUGAAGCACAGUGCAUUGCCAACCAAGUUCAGCUCUUCUAUGCCACUGAUCGGAAGGAGACCUACGCGUUAGUGGAGACCUUUAACUUCAGACCAAAUGAAUUCAAGUAUAUGUCUGUCAUCGCUGAACUGGAGCAAAGUGGACUUGGAGCGGAACUGAAAUGUACCCAGAACCAGGAUAAGACUUAGAGCUAUAAGGGUUGGCUCCUUACAGAGUCUGCUCAGCCCUGGAUAGUCUAGAGCCCACCCACCCCCUUGAACUCUCAGGAGCUCAGCAUCUAUAAUGUGCAGUCUCUAAGGAGUUGCCCUGUGUGUUUAUGCAAGAAGUAAUCAUGGAGGUGAGCCCUAUUACUUGAUAUUCAGGAACAAAGGCAGCCAAACAUUCUGAUAAUUAUCACUCAGCAUACUUGAGGUUUCCUUUUUAAGUAUUUGACGUCAUAAUCAGAGACAGCCAAGGAUCUGCAGGAUGGUUGACUUGAUUUUACACACUAACAUUUUCUUACAAGUGCAUUUGCAUUCUGGACAUUUUGACUGCAUAGCUCCCAAAUGCACAUAGUUCCUCAUCUUUAUAAAUUUGUGAUAGGAUAAGCUUGAAGACCUGCUAUAGUUAGAUAUGGGCUCUAGGUAUUCUUCCCAUGUGCCAGUUAUCUGGCCAAAAGCAUAAUCCAAGUAUCCUAUUUAGACUCUAGAACAACCAGAUAUUGCAAUCAGGAUUAAGCCUUCAUCUAGAUGCUCCCAGAGUUGCCUUUAAUGUAGCUGGCUUGAAGCAUCAGUAGAUUUCAGGUAAACUUAAACACACAGGUACAGUGCCUGCGUAUUUUUAAACCAUGGUCUGUGGCAUCUGCUGCUCUAACUUGCCUUUUAGAAGCUGUGUAUUUGGAGGGGGUGAAUCAGUGCAGUGUAAAUAAAUCAACUUUUUUGUAAGGAAGGAUCAGUCCAGAUUUGCAUGUUUUUGUGUUAUUGGCUUUUUUAAAAAACUCUAAGCCAUGCUAGUAUUAUAUGAAAAAGUGGGUGGAAGCAAAUGUUCCCACUUUGGGUGUGGAGAAAAUACAGCAAUAAAAUGAAAUCCGGUUUACAGUAUUUGUUACACUCAGCAGUGGAAUCUAAGCUAUUUGCUGUCUAUAGGGUCAUUGCUAUGAGCUGAUUUGAUCAAAACUCAUCUUUGGAGUCAGUAGUUGCUUGAAACACCAAAAAUGAGAAAGGAGCUCUUCAGUUCCAUGUGGUUUGUAGUAUCACUGUUGUGGCUUCAAGAUCAGUGAUAGAGGAGGGUGGUGGUUACACACCAGCCUUCGGAACCUGAGAUCCCAGCCCCAAUGCCCACCAUUAUCAUUGUCACCUUCCUUACUACACCUUUCUUAUUCUUGCUCUGACAUGCUCCACUUUGUCUGCUGCGGCCUGAGAUCUGGUUGUAUGACACUGAAUAUGGUGAGUGGGAAUGGAACCAGUAGUUACAGUUCCUGUGUAUGUUUGUUUUCUUCAUUACAGGUUGGGCCUAUCCCCAAGCUCUUUAAAAAGGGUUGGACUUCCCAUUAUUUUCUCAGCUAUGUCUUUUUUGUUGUACCUCUGAGUCUGUAUAGAAAGAGACAGACAGUGUUUGUUUAACCUGGAAAAGCUGCUAGCAAGCCUUUCACAAUUUCUCUAAUGACUGAGCUGUUUGCUAACGCAAAUUCUGGACCUUCCUCUGGUCCUGACAGUUCACAUUUUGAGAAACUCGGAUCUGGAUGUUUUGAGUCCCAGGAAUCUUUAGUAUCUGUUGGAGUUGCUAUUGUGGGUAUCCAGCUAUGUUUGUUUUCCCAUCUGGCCAGUUCCUAGCCUUAGAACAUUUUCAUAACACCUCCACCAGAGGGUGAGAAAAUGAUGGGGAAAGAAAUAAGGACUGGCUGCUCAUUUUACUGUUCCUCCCAUCUUUACCCUAUAUCCCCUCUUGCCAAGGAAGGCUUUGUCCAUGGAUAGUUACAUUAGACGUGAUCAAAGGACCAUCUGGCUGUUCUUUAUAUUUACCUAGCAAGAUCUGGCAAAGAACUAAAAGAACAUUGUAACAUUAGUCAGUAAAUUUGUCUGCUGGAGCAAAAUGGUGUUAUAGAAAGUGGACAGGCUUUAGAGUUAAAUGAGUUCAGAUGUCAGUGUUGCAAUUCAUUAGCUCUAUAAUAUUGAAGAAAUGACUUAAACUAUAAUUCUGCUUCUUCAUCUAUAAAAUAAGGAUGAUAACAAUAAUAUCUACCUCAUAGGAUUAUUGUGAGAAUUAAAUUAAUUUAUAGACUAAGGUAGACUUGCUUAAUGUCACCUCCCUUUCUCUUGUCUACUUCCCCUGCCUGUCAUUAAAGACCAGCACAAAUUAACAUUUCAGAUGUGCAGAUCAUUCUUCAUUCCAGUUGAACAAGCAAACCUUAUCUUUCAGGUUCUCAAGCUUUAAGUGGAAGCAGAAUUACCUUGAGCACUUCAAAAUGCAGAUUCCCAAGUCCCAAACCUCAGCCUGCUGAAUCAUAAUCUUUGCAGAGAUUUUGUGCUGGGAAUCUGCACUUUAAUAUGUGCUCCAUAUUAUUUAGAUGUAGGUAAUUCACCAGCCACACUUUGAGAACCUGGCCUUAUGCGUUCUUCACAAAAAAUGCCAGGUCUUCCUUUCCUAUGGACAUUAACUGUAGAAUUGGAUUCCUCUGUCCUUUGCCUCCUGUAGUGGUUCCCUUUGCAUAAAUUAUAUUUAUUUAUUUAUGUAUCUUUUGCCCUCACUAAGACUGUGAGCUCCUUGAGGGCCAGGCUUUAUCUCCAUUCCCAGUGCCAAGGACAUGGCCUGGAACAUAGAAGACGUUUGUUGAAUAAAUGACUGACAUGGAUUUUAGCCAAAAUGUU